UUUAGUCUUUGGUUGACCGACUUGGCGCAACUAGAAUGACUUCCUUCAUAACUGUGCUGUUCGCGUUUUAGUGUUUUAACUCCACCUGCAAUGGGAAACUCUUUGAAAAUCGAGGGAGUUGAGAUCAAAGAAGAACUUGGUGGUGGAAGUUACGGUGUUGUUUACAAAGCCAAGUGGAACGGGCAGUUUGCAGCGGUGAAAGUGCUCAGGGAAGACAUGUUGUGGUGUCACCCAAAAGCAUUGGAAGAUUUCAAGAAAGAAUGCGAAUUCUUUCGGGUAUUAAAACAUCCCAACAUCGUGGAAAUGUUCGAAGUUCUUUUCCCAGAAAACAGGUCACCUGUUCUUAUUAUGGAGCUCAUGUAUUGUGAUCUACAGUCGUACUACAAAAACUCGAAAUCGUCGCCGAAGGUUGCGCUUGACGAAGUCAUCCGAAUCAUGUUGGAUGUUGGCGAAGGACUGAAAUUUUUACAUGACCGUGGGGAUCCCAUCGUACACCGAGACAUCAAGUCUAACAACAUUCUACUGGACACAAAACAGAGGGCCAAGAUUGCAGAUUUGGGUCAAGCCAAAGAGUUUCCCGGCCUGGGAUUUGGCGCUCGUCUGAUGGGUGCUACCCCUGUUCCAGGCACCACUGUAUACAUGGCACCAGAAACAUUUCCCCGUGGCAGCCGUCAGUCUCAAGCUGUUCUCCAUCGUGUUGAUUACGGAGCGGAAAUUGAUGUCUUCUCGUUUGGUGUUGUUUUGCUGGAGGUGACAGUUGGUCACUUACCAUGUCCGAGACCUCUGUUCACGCCGUUCACACGAGAUGGGAAUUUUGUCCCAGAACACACUCGCCGAAAGAAGGAACUAGAAGAGAUGGGGAUCCUUCAUCCGCUCAGAGACAUCGUUCUGCAGUGCCUUGAAAAUGACCCCAGCAGAAGACCCACAAUCAAUAAAGUCACUCAAGACUUGAAAAGAAACGACGGCAGUCAAAAACGAAUCGAGUUAAAAAUCGCUUUUCUUGGAAAUUCCGGAGUAGGAAAAUCGCUUUUAAUAAAGCGAUAUAUAGACAAGGAUAUUCCACAAGAAUUUGUGAAGUCUACAAUCGGUGUAGAACUGCACCCUGUGCCACUAGAGAUUGGAAAUCAACUGGUCAUUCUCAGAAUUGUAGACCCGGCGGGCCAGGAGAGGUUCGACAGCAUUGCCCCGUCCCUGGUUAGAGGCUCGCACGGCGCUUUCCUUGUUUUUGAUAUCAGUGAGCCCCGAACAUUUAUGGACCUUCCAAAGCACAUGAACUUUAUCGGUAGUUCUUGUAAUGAAAAUGUGAAGGUCAUGUUAAUAGGGAACAAGAAAGAUCUUCCAAGAGAAGUCGCGUUUGACCGAGCUAAAAGCUAUGCUGACUCAAACGAAAUGGAGUACCUCGAGGUGAGUGCUAUGACACUUGAAAACCUCGAGGAAAUGUUUGAGCGCUUGGCGAGUAGUAUUUUAGACUCGCUUGACACAAGCGAUGUACGUAUUCUAGAAAGAUCAGUGUCUCGUGUUCAUCUUACAGGUGAUAAUUUGAAAACUAGUGAAACUAGAAGCCGGUGUAACUGUAAGUUGUUGGAAACAAUUAUUGGCCAUUUGCCGGAACGUGAUUUGCCUGACCCUGUUCUUGAAGAUGGGGAGAUUGUCCCGGAGUACAUAAGGCGGAGCGAGGACCUGGAGGAAAUGGGCCCUGACCACCCUCUCCACAAUCUUGUUUGCCAGUGCUUCGAGAACAUUCCCGAGAAAAGACCCAGUGCCGCCGAAAUCAUAGAGACCCUGCUCAAAUUCAGCAAGGGAAUGGAAGGAAAAUCCUCUGGUAGCCCCCCAGGAGAUAAAGUUGGUACCAGGCGACACGUCCAUUACGAUCAUAAGUUCAAGGUUGUAGUUGUCGGGGAGUCCGGUGUUGGGAAGACGUCCAUUGUUGCUCGAUUCCUAGAUACUAAAAAACAGUUCUCUGAGAUACCACUCCCUAGCACCAUUCAAUCAGAAGAUCACUUUGAGCGGCUGCAUUUUCGAGAUAAGUCAGUCCAUCUCCAUCUGGUUGAUAUGGGUGGACAUAAGUUCACCAAGGCGGCAAGCUUUGUUCCGCAGGUAUUCCGCCGCGUCCGCGGCGCGGUCAUUAUGUUCGACCUUACCUCUCAAGUUUCUUUCUUGGAAGUGCAGACGUGGCUGAACGUCGUGAAGGAAUUGUGCAGUGAAAAAGUAGCUCUUGUCCUAGUCGGAAACAAAAGCGACGAGUCAGAGAGGUGGGUUGAUGACGGAAAGGUGCAAGGCUUCGCUAAGAGGGAAGGUAUGUUCUACAUAGAGGCCAGCGCUAAAACCCGAGAGAACGUCGAUGAAAUAUUUUCUGUUCUUAUGGAUUUAAUGAUUGAGCGUGAAAAACAAAAGGAAUCUGAAGGAAACCAGUUACAUUAA